ACCUCACGCCGCUUUCCUUGGCAAACGAGAACUGGCGCAAACCUGUGGUACUAAGUACUGCGGAUCGCAAGGCGGCAUGGGAGAGUAAGGUGCUACACGGGCGGUUCUACAAGGCCCUCACGGGACCCGAUGUGGACCUGCUCGCGUCGGUGAACUGGUUACGAUUCGGGGACCUCUUCGGAGAAACCGAGGGUUUUGCCUGUGCAAUUGCGGACGAAGUGAUGAUGACGAACAACUAUCGGAAAUAUAUCCUGAAGGACGGUACGGUCGACAUCUGUCGGGCAUGCCGCCGUCCCGGAGAGUCACUCAGGCAUAUCAUUUCCGGUUGCUCUCAUCUUGCUAACGGCGAGUACUUGCACAGACAUAAUCUCGUAGCCAGGAUUAUUCACCAGCAACUUGCUCUUCUAUAUGACCUUGUGGACCGCGAAGUACCGUACUACAAGUACUUACCUGCGCCUGUUCUCGAGAAUGGUCGUGCCACGCUCUAUUGGGAUCGAUCUAUCAUCACUGACAGGACUAUUGUAGCCAAUAAGCCUGAUAUUGUGAUAAUAGAUCGAUCGCAACGUCGGGCCGUGCUCGUUGACAUCACCAUCCCCCAUGAUGAGAAUCUCGUGAAGGCCGAGAAGGACAAGUCCAGUAAGUACCUAGACUUGGCUCACGAGAUAACCGCCAUGUGGGAUGUUGAUUCGACGAUCAUUGUCCCGAUAGUCGUUUCAGUAAACGGUCUAAUAGCGAAGAGUCUCGACCAACACCUUGAGAGACUCUCGCUAGGUGGUUGGAUCAAGGGUCAGAUGCAGAAGGCGGUGAUCUUGGACACGGCGCGGAUAGUCCGCCGGUUCCUCUCUCUGCGGCCCUGACCACCGGUAGCUUGGGCCUUGCCCCGCUGCUGGCGGCACCCUAGCUCUGUUUUAUAGGGUUCCGUGGCCAAAUGGCAAAAAACGGAACCCUUAUAGAUUCGUCAUGUCUGUCUGUCUGUCUGUCUGUCUUUAAAAAUGAUAUUGAGGUUUUUUAAUAUCAUUUUUUUCUAAACUGAAUAGUUUGCGCGAGAGACACUUCCAAAGUGGUAAAAUGUGUGAACUGCCCCCCCCUGUAACUUCUAAAAUAAGAGAAUGAUAAAACUAAAAAAAAUAUAUAUUGUACUUACAUUACCAUGCAAACUUCCACCGAAAAUUGGUUUGAGCGAGAUCUAGUAAGUAGUAUUUUUUUAAUACGUCAUAAAUCGUAAACCGCAAUUUUAUUAUGUUACUUGCUGCUACGGAACCCUUCAUGGGCGAGUCCGACUCGCACUUGGCCGCUU